CUUUCCUCCUAUUUGGAGGGGGCGGCCUCUGUUUCUGCUGGCUGCCUGAUUGAGUAACGGGACGAAGAAUAGAGCAGCAACUAGGGAACCUCUGCCACCUCUGUUAUUUUUUCAUUGCUCGGCCACCCGAUGAAUGGAGUAGCUUUCUGCCUGGUGGGAAUUCCUCCGUAUACAGACUCUCAGGCAACUGGGCAUAAAGAUGGGACAUCUCUGUCCAAUGAAAAUGUGCAGCUUCCUUCAAGUGAAAGUCUUCCUUGGCCUGGUCCACGUACUGUGGUCCUACAUAAGAAUUCUCAGGGAUUUGGAUUCACACUACGUCACUUCAUAGUAUACCCACCGGAAUCUGCUGUGCAUGCCUCCUUCAGGGAUGAAGAGAAUGGCAAUGGAAAAGAAUUUCAGAGAGGACGACUGGAGCCAAUGGACACCAUCUUUGUUAAAAAUGUGAGGGACAAAGGCCCAGCACAUCUGGCAGGCUUAUGCACUGGAGAUAGACUGGUUAAGGUGAAUGGGGAGAGCAUACUGGGAAAGACAUACUCCCAGGUGAUUUCUCUUAUCCAGAACAGUGACAAUGUCCUGGAACUUUCCAUCAUGCCAAAAGAUGAAGAUAUCUUACAGCUGGCCUAUUCUCACGAUGCCUAUCUGAAAGGGAAUGAUCCAUACUGCGGAGAAGCCCAGAACUUGCCUGAUCCACCUCCAGUUUGUUAUCCUCGAAAAACUUAUGCAUCACAGGGGAACCAAAUUCAACUCCAGAAUCAGCUUGAUAACUGGACCUGCCGCUCCAGCUCCUCAGGACCAUCUUCACCAUUGGAGAACCAUUCUAGAGUGACAAGUCCUGCUGCACAACUGUCUUCAACACAGAGCUGGCAAGAAACACGGGGAACUUCACCUGGGGGGGUGGGUCACUCGAGUCCAGCGCAUAGGACUGAGGAAAUUCAGUACGGCAUGACUGCUUCAAGAUUUCCUGUUAAAGUCAAGUCAGUGUGUUCUUCCUCUUCCUCCACAGGGGGAACAUCAGUGACAGGUUUACUGAAUACAUCAGGACAGUUUGUUUCUAACUACCAGAACCAUAUCUCUACAAGCGUUACACAGAAGUCACGUAAGCACAGUCAGCCUUGGCUGUCAAGUGAGCAGCAGCAAAAGCAGCAACAAACCAUUGGACUCAGUAACAGUGAGCGUUGCCAACAAGCCCUGUCAGACUGGUAUUACAGCCAGCUCCCCCGAAAAAAGAGCGAUAGCUACGUCAUGCCACCUCGUUAUCGCAGCUUCUCUCAAGAUCGGCUAGGGGAGGCUCCUCCGCUCAGCAGAGGAGGAGGAGGAUGGCCACACAGUGCCUCCCAGGAUACACUUCUUCAGCCAGUAGGAUUAAAUCCUGCUGGAGACCAUUAUUGGUGUGUAUCAAAUAGUCAGGAUGGAGGUAGAAGUCGUUCAGAAAGCCUCCUCAUCAAAAAGUAUGAUCGAUCUGGUCACUCGCUAGAGAUGCUCGACAGAGCUGGGGUGCUUUUCUCACCAUAUUGUGAACGGCCAACCUGGCUAUACAAUGACAUAGGACGAACUGAUGACUUCCAAAGGCCAGAAAACUUGGAAUCCUCCUCUAAGACUGGCAGUAAUAGACAGCAGCAGCCUUUAGCACCCCAACAGCAUAAACUCUACCCCACCCAAGUCAACGAUUUGCGAAGACUGCCAACACAAAGCACUGAGGACCAACCCAUAGGCUAUCGCAGUUACAGUCCAUCAUUUUACAGAAAAACUGGGCUUCUAAGGCCAACUUGCUCUUUCAGGGACCCUUCAUACACUGACCCACUCCUUACAUGGGCACUCACGCCCAAGUCUAGCCCUCCUGAAAGCACUGAUCUUUCUUUCCAACUCCCAAACGAUAAGGAAAACCUGUGCAGCAUAUCUAAGCAUGAAAUGUCCACAGAAUCAGGGCAAGAACAGCCGCUUGCUCCUCAGCAGGAUGUUGUCUUGAGAUCUAAGCCAAUGGCAGGCCGACGCACUACUCAGGGCCUCCGGCACCCUCCGUUUGCUCUUCCAGUGGACAUGCCGGAUCCACCUAUCCAGUCUGAACCCAUGGCUGACAGCAUUUUCCCACAUAGUGACAGGGCAGCAGUGCCUAAAGGAGCUCGUUCCAGCACAUGUCACCUGCCACCAUUACCUGUUGAGGAUGAUUCUCUUGCAUCAAUUCCCUACAUAGAUGAGCCAACGAGCCCAAGUGCUGAUUUACAGGCAAAGCAUGUUCCAGCGUCCUCUGUGGUAUCCAGUGGGAUAAACUCUGCACCUGUUAUAAUGACAAGUCCUCCUUCACCUACUUUCAGCUUCCCUACCAACAGGCUUGUUUCCUAUGACUGCAGCAGUAUCAAAGCCAGUCGCCGCUCUUCCUAUCUAAAAGCCAUAACACCAGAGCGUUCCAAGUCUUGUGAUGAGGGACUGAAUGCAUUCAGGGAUGAAAACCGAGUAUUCUCGAUAUUGCCAAAACGGGUAAAGAGUUUUUUCACAGAUGGGUCUUUGGAUAGUCUGAGUGCUGCAGAGGAAUGCAGAUCAAAGAGACACUCCACCUCAGAGCUAACUAAUCUGACUUUCAGUGACGUGCGCAAAGAGGGUUGGCUGCAUUACAAACAGAUCCUAACUGAAAAGGGAAAGAAGGUAGGUGGAGGAAUACGUCAGUGGAAGAGAGUUUACUCCAUUCUUCGUUCCACAUCACUUUUCUUGUACAAAGAUAAACGUGAGGCUGUACUGUUUAAUACAAGCAACUAUGAGUAUGAACAACCACCAAUAAACAUCCGUGGCUGCUUGGUAGACAUUGCAUAUAGUGGAACAAAGCGAAAACAUGCUCUCAGGUUAACCACACAAGACUUCUGUGAGUAUCUGCUACAGGCUGAAGAUCGAGAUGACAUGCUUGAUUGGAUCAAGGUUAUCCGAGAAAACAGCAAAGCAGAUUGUGAGGAGGCUGGGUUUUCUGGUCAGGCUCUUAUAAAUAAGAAGCUGAAUGAUUACAGGAAGCAAAGCCCAACAGGCAACAAGCCAGAUUCCUCCCCAAAGGCAACACGAAUAAUGUCUACAUUCCUCAGUGCAACUGUGCCACCCCGGUCACCAAAACUGGAUUCUGGAAAUGAUAGCAGUCCCCCUAAGUCUCCUUGGGGCAUUCACAUGAGCAGGAAGCCAAAGAAAUCGGGACCCAAAGUGUUUGGGGUGAGGCUUGAAGACUGUCAGCCAGCAUCUAGCAACAAGUUCAUCCCUUUGGUAGUUGAAUCUUUCUGUAACCUGGUAGAAGAGAUGGGGCUGGAAAACACUGGGAUCUACCGCGUUCCCGGGAGUAAUGCUGCAGUGUCCAGUCUGCAAGAACAACUCAAUAAAGGCAUUGAGAUGAACCCUAAUGAUGAGAAAUGGCAGGAUCCAAAUGUGAUAAGCAGUCUCCUCAAGUCUUUCUUCAGGAAUCUGCCUGAGCCUCUUUUCACAGAUGAUCGAUACAGUGACUUUAUUGAUGCCAAUCGAUUGGAGGGAGCUGGAGAGAGAUUGAAGACCAUGAAAAAACUGAUUCAUGAUCUGCCAGGUCAUUACUUUCAUACCUUGAAAUUUUUGGUUGGCCAUCUGAAAACCGUAGCUGAUCACUCUGAGAAAAACAAGAUGGAGCCACGAAACCUGGCACUAGUGUUUGGACCCACUCUGGUUAGAACCUCUGAAGACAACAUGACAGACAUGGUGACACAUAUGCCAGACCGUUACAAAAUUGUUGAAACAUUAAUACAACAUUAUUCCUGGUUCUUCAAUGAAGAAGUGGGCAAGGAUGAUAAGACUCCAGUUGAUAACGGAGAUACACAACCAGUUCCCAAUAUAGACCAUCUUUUGCCAAACAUUGCCAAAGCUGGAAUAUUAGGAGAAAUUUCGGAUUCAACCAACAGCGACUCAGCUAAAUCCAAGGGAUCUUGGGGAUCAAAGAGAGAUCCAAAGGAGUUCCUGACCACGUCAAUAAAGUCUGUUGUCAUCAAUAAGAGGAAGAAGCACCGACAUGCAAAAAUAAUUGGCAGUAGCACAGAUGAGGACUCAGAACAUGAGCCAGUUAAAGUCAGCAAUUUCAGGUAUCGUGAUCUAGAAGAGAAGCUAGUCAAACAAACAGAAGUGGAGGAAGAAGAAAAAGCCAAGGUAAAAAGUUUGGAAGCAGAAAGACGAGAAAUAAAUGAGAUAGAAAAUAAGCAAAAAUCAGAAGGAAACCAAUUCCAGGACAGAUCAAAACAUUCUGAACCCAACAGAACUAAGUUUCAGACUGAACUGCUAGACGAGGAUGGGACGUGUAAAACAUGGCAAGGCCCAGAGGAAAGAAUCCAACUGGAUGCUCGCUCUAUUGUGUCUGGCUAUUCAACCUUGUCCACACUAGGCCGCAGCCUUGCUUCUGAGGUACCGUCUGCAUCUGAGAGUCGUGGAGAUGAGGCUGAUGAUGAGAGAAGUGAGCUAGUCAGUGAAAGUGGCCUUCUUUUAGAGACGGACAAUGAGAGUGGUUUUGCCUCACGCUCUUUGACACAGGAGAGGUGUACAUCUAAAGUACAUCAAUGCAGCUUCCUCUCCUAUCAGUCCAAACUGUGGGAGGGUAGGAAUUAUAAAACUGUGCAACAGGAGAGUGAUGAAGUUCAAACAAGAGAGAGUGAGGUAGCUCGGUCUACCACUCCAUCUUCAUUUUCAUCCUCAUUAACUUCUCAUAAAUUACAUAGCCGGCCGUCUUUCAGCUCGCAUAAGCUCAUACAAUGUGACACACUUGCCAGGAAGAAGCUAAAAGACACAAGAGACAAAAGUAAAGUUUGUUCCUUGGACAAGGAACUGAAUAAGGUUGAGGAAAUGGCUUUCCUUGAGAAGCCACAAUAUAGGACUCAGAGAUCGUUACAAAAUGAGACAGACAGCAAGAUUAUGUUAUCCAGAGUUGAUGGAGCCCCCAUCAGCCAGGAGAGUCUUAAAGGCGGCCAGACACGCAAGUCGAAGGGCAAUGACAUACCAUCAAUAUCUAGCAAAAACACACUAACAGAGCAGCUGCGUUUGAAGCUCCUAACCUCCAUGGAUGACAUGUUUGGAGUGGUAAUGCGUAAACCACAUUCACCAGAAACCCGCCGCAAGAAGAAUAAGCGACGCCACACGGUAGUGGUAACUAUCAGAGACAGUAGCAUUCUUAACUCUGAUCUCCAGUAUGAAAAAUUGUCAACAACCUACACCUCCACUGAGGUCCAACCAGCAUUAAGUACCAGCAACGUUAACAUCCAAACAGACCCAGCUAAGCCAGUUCUAGGAAAAGUCGGCCCCACUGGUGGUCCGUCAGUCCUGGCAACUUCUGCUGCUUCCUCUUAUUCUGUGACUGCAAGUUCUUGUUUGAAUCGCAGUGAGGCACCAGUUUGCACGUCUUCCUCCAGGUUUCAUCAGUAUUUGUAGGUGGGAGGCUUUGGUUAACUCAAGAAUAUGAGGAGCGCCAUUUUGUAUUCAAGGCUCAGCGAACUAUUGCUGGAAAUGGAGGUCAUAGAAUUUUUACCUGUUGUCUCUCAAGCUAGAAACCUGACUGUUCACUUCAAAGUUACAUACCUGAAAAUCUGCGUGGAAAGGUAAUAGUGCCAAUUAUGUGUCUACACGCACUGGUUAUCAGCUUUAGAUCUUCCUCUGAGUGGCGUCUGUCCCUUACUGCCUAGCAGAGAGUCUCGCUCUCAUCUAGAUAGGACAGUCAAGCACAGACUGGACAGUUUACCUGUUGUGCAGCAUGUGAAGUAUUCCUUCAAGGUAUGGAGUGAGUAGACCGCGCGCUUACCAAGGCAGUACUUAUUUCCAGAAGUGGCACAGUGGUUCUUGUUUCAUAAUCUAUAAAUGGUAAAUCCAAGGCAUUGGACACUCUUGGCGCCUGGGCAAGGGACCCGGGUUACUAUUAGCCACUCCUUUUGCAGAUUUUGUAACACUGAAAUGAAGCAUUCCUAAAGUAAUCUUUGUGUUUGUGUGCGUGUGUGUGUACAUUUAUAAAUAUACAGUAUAUAAUAUAAACUAUAAAUUAAUUUAGUUUUAUCAUUGUUUACAUGUCACCCCUGAACACAAUUUCCUAUUACAUGGCUACUUGAAAUGUCUCCCUGUUGUUUUUUUAUUUAGAUUUAUAUUUUUUGUAAGAAGAUAUACAUCUAUUAUUAAAAUUGUUCAUUCAAGUUUUUAUUUUUAAGAAAAAAAAAGCUUCUUUCCCUGUUAAAACAAAAUGUGACAGGCUGCCUUGGAUAGCUUUCUAAAGUGCCUGAAAAUAAAUUGUGAACUAAACGCAGGCAAAUGUUAUCAUUAAAGUGUAUUGUCAGUAUUGGGAGCUCGCAGUGCAUUGCAGUUACGCCACUUCAUCCUUGCAAAUGUCUUUUUGGAAGUUCAAAGACGGGUGACACCUGCUGGCUUCUCAGAUUAGGAUGUCCUAGCGCACUGUCCCCCUGAAUGACUGUAUUGCAGUGUCUAACAUGCUGCAGUACUGAAGGACCUGCUGAUUCAGUCAGCUUUCAGUUCAUUCCAGGAUGCAGGAGCUUCAUAACAUCUACCGCCUCGAUAAAGCUGUUAUUGGGAUGUAAACAAUAAUCCAGCUGUCGGGACGUGUGAGUCAUUUGACCCAGACCAUCGUGGUCCUCAGUCAUUUCUAAUAAGUGCAGGCUGUUUAAGUGGCCAACACAGAUGCAUCCUGGAUGACCAACGUCCAUUAAAACUGGACAGAUAACGCUGAAUAGCACGCUUUUGCUCAUUUGUUUCUCAUAUUUUUUUUUACUGUAGCUCAGCUCAAUUGCACUGUAGGAAACGGAAGAGUGCUGUGAUCAGAGAGUGCUCUGGGAGUGUUUCACAAGUGUUAGUCUGAGGUCGUGGGCCAUCCGUUCAAUGUUAGGAGUGAAGAAACAAAACUAUGCAACUAGCUGGGACCUUUGGAGAUGGAAAGGGGUGAUUGGGUUCUACUUACAGGAAGAUGGACAUAACAUACUGUUUUUGAAAUGGAAGAGUUCUUUUAAGGCCUGGACGUAGAAUGACUUCCUCACAGUAAUGUUGUCAUUAUGCAACUGUGUGGCUGUUGGGGGGGGGGGGUUUGGUCAGAAUUCAUCUUAAAAAAAAAUCCCAGUAUUGGUCAUGGACGGUCUACCCCAAGACUUGAGAACAGUGCCCACCCUGACUGAAUUACACUUUUUGGAUCUCCGUGGGGACAAUGGGACAAACAGUUGUCACCCUAAACACAGCAUUGUCCAGGAGGUGAGGCACAGUGCUAUUGUUCAGGGCUGGAUUAUUUGGUUUUGUGAUUCAUUUUGUUUUUUAACAGUCCUGACAUAAUUUAUAUGCUACAACGAAUGGCAAAACCUGGCUGAUUGAUGUCUAGAUUUGGAUUUGUUUCAGUAACCGUUCAUCUAUUUCUGUAAGUAAUAUAUUAAACUGACGACUGACAAGGUGUUUAAUUUAACCGACGCAGAGACGAGUACGUAUACAAAUUAUGCCAUGAAUGAGGGCCUGUCGACAGUGUAUGCAACUUAACUUGAACCAGAGCUCCUGGGAGAUUUCAGAAAGUGGAUGGUCACCAAGUGAGGUAUUGGUCUUGAACUUCACACACGGGUCACAGAGUGCGGUCUGCUCGUCGCUGUUUGAACUGCAGUUUUACAUCAGGGACCAGACGUUUGGCUUCUUAUUAUCAGUGUUAACCGUGGCUUUGUCUGUUUCUGACUGUUACGAUUCCCCAUCUUUUUCAUUGUCCUUUGUUUUUACUGAUGUUGCGUCGUCGGUUUCAGUUUUAUUAAAACAUUUGUCGAAGUCGGUCACUUCUGGAGAGCUCUACUUAUCACAGUGGCACACACACUGCAGUCAGAUUGCUUUAAUUCAGUCUUUCGUGACACAGACCCAUAGCCUCCUUUCUACAUUUCUAUAAAUUAAAAGCAUAACAAACAGUAUACCUCUGUAACUGCUGACAAGCACACUACCAGAAAACUAUGCAUAUUCCUAAAAGUGAAUUUAGUUAAAAAAACAAAAAACUGUUGUUGGUUGCUGCUAUACUAAAUAGGUAUUUAAUAACCCUAAGAACAAAUUCUCAACUGCCUAAUGAACCGUUUGCAGGAAAUGUGUUAAUGCUGGUCAGAUUACAUCUUAGAAAACUGGUACUGUGUUUUGUGACAUUUCUGUUUUUAUUUACAGUGUUGUUAAAGAUUUUCUUACAGACUAGUUUGGCUGAAUAUAUUUGAACCAUUCCAUUGGGGCCUUGGACAAGACUGUCAGAUAUCCAAACCAAUGCACAUGUGUGUGUAUACAAUGUGUAUUGAAGUAAAUGUAUGCAAAUAUUUGCUGUAAAGUUUACUUUAGUUUUGUACAUACUGUGUUUAAAGUGUAAUAUAAAAUUUAUGAUGAAAAUGUUGCUAAUAUGAAACUAUUGUAACAGUGCUAAACCAACCUGCAUGAACAAACCCUUACAUGGUUCAGUGCUUUAAAACACCUCUACUCCGAAAAAAUAAUAAAAAAAAAAAACUUCUACAUUUGUUGGAAAUAAAUGAAAUUAUAUUGAACCUUUUAAA